AUGACCCUGCAAGGGCUGGCUCUGGUCUUUGUCCUGGUCCUUGCCCCUCAGCUGCCUGCACAGGGACAGAAUGACGCUGGUCCCAAGAACCAGAGGGGAGCCAAGGAAGCAGGAAGAUGUAAAGCUCCCUCUGACUGGGACCCCAAGCUGCAGUUUACCCCACACCAGAGCAGCUAUGCCUUGAACGAUUUGGUGCAGCUCAGCUGUGCUGGGGAGUAUGUGCCAUCGGUCCCCCAGAUCAGAUGCAUUUCCAACGGGACCCAGACCUUGUGGAACAGGACUGCCACCUGCAAGGGAAAGUGCCCCAAGCCCCAGUGGGAUGAAAGAGUCCAGUUUGUACCAAGCAAAAAUAGCUAUGAAGAGAAUGAAGAACUGACACUGACAUGCCCUGGAGAUCUCAAGCCAUCCUCCUCCAAGGUCAAAUGUGCAAGGGAAUUAUUACGAGUGAGUUCUGGAGAACCAGUCUAUGGAGAUGCCUGGUGGGGCAGGAACAGCACAAGUGCCUGGAUGCUCAUUGAGAGGGCUGUAGAGUGUAUUGAAACGUGCAAAAGGCCGCAGUGGGACUCAAGACUCCAGCUGGCACCAGACAAGGAGAAGUACAAGAAGAACGAAGAAGUGAUGCUGAGCUGCCCUGCGGGUUUCCAGCCAUCCUUCACCCACAUCAAAUGUUUGGGGGAAGACCAGCCCAUUACCAGCUGGAAUCCUGUCUACACAGACCGAUGGGUAGGAAGGGACAGUGGAGGUGACUGGACCCGCAUUCAGUCCAGCGUGGAGUGCAUCGAAACGUGCAAAAGGCCGCAGUGGGACUCAAGACUCCAGCUGGCACCAGACAAGGAGAAGUACAAGAUGAACGAAGAAGUGAUGCUGAGUUGCCCUGCGGGUUUCCAGCCAUCCUUCACCCACAUCAAAUGUGUGAGGGAAGUCCAGUCCAUCAGUCAUGGGAAACCUGUAUACAGAGAAGUUUGGUUCGGAGGGGACAGUGGAGGUGACUGGACCCGCAUUCAGUCCAGCGUGGAGUGCAUCGGGAAAUGCCAGAAGCCCCAGUGGGACGCCAGGUUUAUCUUUGACCCAGAUCGAGGGCUCUACACCCCAAAUGAGGUGGUGAAGAUGAGAUGCGCUGAAGGGUACUGGUCGUCUGCUGUGGAGAUCACCUGCGUGAAGCUGUACCCACGUCAAGGCUCCUCCAUUUCUCACAGUGGCUGGAUUGUGAGGAAAGACACGGGCCACUGGCACCGUAUAGAGGGGAACAUGACCUGUGUGGAGGACUUCCAGGUUGUCCCCGGGACCUUGGAGAUUUCCAGCACCAGCAUCAAACUGAACUGGACCUGCAGGCUCCCUGACGUCUGCCAGCGCAUGCGGGCCACGUGCCGCCUGGCAGUGCCUUCCUCCCCUCCCUGUGAGGCUGAGGAGGUGAAGGGAGAGGAGAUGCUACAUGGCGGGGAGGGAACAUUUACUUGUCCCCCUCUGCAGCCCUUCACUGUCUACAGUUUCACCAUCUCCCUGCCCCCCAACAAGGUCCUGUACACACAGCUCAUCACGACAAAGGAAUCAGUGCCGGACAAACCGGAGAAGCUGUGGCUGGAUCCCAGCACGGGGUCCAUCAAGUGGCAGCCACUGCCCUCCUGCAAAGGGAAGAUCAUUGGAUACCAGCUGAACAUCACGGCCAGGAGAGCGCACAAUGGCAGCUUCCUUGAAUUCAAGCAGGUGAUGGUGAACCAGUCUGUCACUCAGUACACACCACCUCAUCAGACACCUGGAAGCAAAUACACCGUGACAGUGCAGGGCCUCACAGCGACUGGUGCCGGGGCUGCAUCAGUGCUGGAAUUUGAAAGCUAUGUCUCAGUUUCAGGGCAGCCUCUGGGUCCGUGGCCUGGGACGGCGGUCGUGGUGGUGGUGGUGCUGUCAGUGCUGGUCCUCCUGUCAGCAGGGAUCCUGUGGUUUGCGUUGUCCAGGAAAAGGAAGGCCUUGCCCAGCAAAGCCGAGGAGGACCAUUACACAGAGCUCCAGCCCUAUGAGAACUUGGAUAAUUACUGUGUGGUCAAGAAGACUCUUCUGGCAGAAGAAGAUGCAGGUAAAGGUGGCCAGGCUGGAGAGCUGUUGCUCCAGCCCCUGUCUGUUCUGGAGGCCUCAGGAGACAGUCAGAGCAGUGCGGGAGAGGAGAAGAUGGAGUGAACGUCCCCGGCUAAGUGCUGAUGGCACUUCCCAUAGCCCUUUCUCAAGGCUUGCGUCUCCACUGCUGGAAGCAGGACCUUAUCUAGCUUGUGCUGGGUUACUGCUUCCCGUCAAAUUUGCUCACUCAUCAAGCUCCAGCAUCCUCUGUCACAGAGCAGAGGCAGCCCAAGGCCUGGGAUGACCUGUUUGUGCCAGCGAGGACGUGUUCUGGUGGUCCUCCAGUACUCUGGCAAAGCUGCCUCACCCGCAUCCUGGUGCCUGCAACUGUCAUCUCAGACCAAAGCAGCUUGCUGGGUUCCAAGCCCUCUUUCCCUGCUCCGUAUUCCCAUAUCCAUCUAGACCCUGGACUCUGCUUGAGGUUGGAUCAACCACGCUGUCCUCGCAGCUGUGCUGCUGUGUCCCAACAACCAAUAAAUUCUUCUGGUUUGCAGGGGGUGCCUG